UGUGUGUGCGUGCACGCGUAUGCGUGAGCGAGGCACUAUGCAGUCGGAGCUCCACACACACAGAGCAUGCCUGUGAGUGCGGGCUCGGGCAAACAUGAGCCUUCCCAGCCCAGAGAUCGUCCACAGCAGCAGCCUGAUCUCCCGUCUGAGCCCCCCUCUGCCCUCCCCCCCUCUCUCCCUCUCUCACUGCCUCUCUCUCUCCCUCUCCUCAUCUACUCUCGCCCUGCGCAGCCUCUUCCCAGCACCAGCCGGGGGGACAGCUCCCGCUCUCCGCACGCCGGCCCCAUGGAGGAUCCGCAGGGCAACACACUGGUCGUCCGCAUAGGCAUCCCUGACCUGCAACAAACGAAAUGCAUGAAAUUUAACCUGGAGUCACCUAUCUGGUUGUCAAAACAACAAAUCCUCUGCACACUCAACCAGAGCCUGAAAGAUGUGUUAAAUUACGGACUCUUCCAGCCUGCAUACAACGGCAAAGCUGGAAAGUUCCUGGAUGAGCAGCGCACACUGAAAGAAUACCCACUUCCUGCCAUCCCUCCUGUCCCGUACCUUGAGUUUCGCUACAAGAGGCGAGUGUACACACAGACCCACCUGGAUGAAAAACAGCUGUCGAAACUUCACACUAAGGCUAACUUGAAGAAGUUUAUGGAAUAUGUUCAGCAAAGGAACGUUGAGAAAGUGUCAAAGUUUCUGGAGAAAGGGCUUGACCCAAACUUCCACGACCCAGAGACCGGAGAAUGUCCGUUGACGAUGGCGUCGCAGCUGGAAGGCUGUGCAGAGCUCAUAAAGGUCCUAAAGAAUGGAGGAGCUCACCUGGAUUUCAGGACCAGAGAUGGCAUAACUGCCCUUCACAAAGCAGUCCGCACCAAGAACCACACGGCACUUAUUACGCUGCUGGACUUGGGAGCCUCUCCGGAUUACAAGGACAGUCGUGGCCUGACUCCUCUGUAUCACAGCUCUAUGGUGGGGGGCGACCCGUACUGCUGCGAGCUCCUGCUGCAUGAUCACGCUCAGGUGGGCUGCAUGGAUGAGAACGGCUGGCAGGAGAUUCACCAGGCUUGCCGUCACGGACAUGUGCAGCACCUUGAACAUCUGCUGUUUUAUGGAGCGGACAUGAGCGCUCAGAACGCUUCUGGAAACACUGCCCUGCACGUGUGUGCUCUCUAUAACCAGGAUAGCUGCACAAGAGUGCUGCUGUUCAGAGGGGCGAAUAAGGAGAUUAAGAACUACAACAGCCAAACUGCCUUCCAGGUGGCUAUUAUAGCUGGGAACUUUGACCUGGCAGAAAUUAUAAAGACUCACAAAGUAUCAGAUGUUGUGCCUUUCAGGGAAACGCCUUCCUACACAAAUCGCCGCCGCAUGACUGGAGGCGACUCUCUGACAUCAUCACGCUCGCUGCCUCGCUCCGCCUCUGACAACAAUCUGAACAACGUGACUGAUCCCGGCCCCACACACUCCCCCGUGCCGUCUCUGAGAAGCCUGCCCCCUUUGGCACACUCUGGGAUAGACGCGGCGGCCGACGGCAGCCUGCAGAGCACAGGCAGCUCACUCUCCUCACACUCCCGCUCGCCCUCCCUCCAGCGCGUCAGUGAGGAGCACGGCACGCACGCUGUACGCCGGCACACGCCCCUCACGCACUCCCACAGCCGCGGACGCCUCAGCCCGGGGACGGUCCAUCGGGACCCCAGCCCUCCUCCCGCGGGGCCCUCGCACACACUCUCAGGAGCCCGGGGCCCCAAACGGAAACUCUACAGCGCCGUGCCGGGACGCACCUUCAUCGUGGUCAAACCGUACUCGCCGCAGGGAGAGGGAGAGAUCCAGCUGAACCGCGGAGAGAGGGUCAAAGACUACCACUCAAACGCAUUGGAAGGACCUCUGUAACCUUAAAGAGAUCAAGCUAGCAACCAGCAGUCUCUCUUUAACUCCCAGCUCCUGAUAUGUUCACACAGCAUCCGUCUCACUGACGCUCAUUAAUAUAUGAGUCACUGCUGGGAAAACAACAUCUCAUUUUAAGCUUCAGCAAUGCUGUCUAUGCAAACAGCAGGUCUGAUUUCUUAACUAUUCAAG